UAAACAAUAAACAUUAUAAAGGGUUCAGUUUUAAUGGUUUUGUCAAUUCUUUAUAAUAGAAUAAAGGAUCCCUGCCAUUUUAUUCUUAAUUCAAAAUUGACUGCGCUCCACCAACGAGUCAAUUGAGUGCUUUCCAUAAAUUCCUAAGUGACAACUCAAUUCAACGCUUCUUCCAUGAGCUUCGUCGUAAGUUCCCUCACCCAACUCAAUAAGUGAAUUCUAUUCACUUUUCUAUUAUUAUCAUUAAAACCCAUACUCGUACUUGCUCAGAAUUAAAAAACACAAGCAGUCAUCCCUGCAAUCACUUCCUAGUUCUGCAAUGGCCACCAUUUGUCAUGUGGGUCUUAAGUUCUCACUGGUUAUGUGCAUAAGCUUUUUCUACAUUCUGCAGACGGGAAAUUCUGCUGCUAAUAUAACAGACCCCCUAGAAGUUAAAGCACUGAUAAAAAUAAACAAUAAGUUACAAUAUAUAGAGUGGGACUUCGGUGAAGAUCCUUGCAGUGGGAAGGGAAGCUGGAAUAAAAGCCAGGAAAAAGGUUUCGCAAACUACGUCUCCUGCAACUGCACUUUGGAUGGGGAAAGCUUUUGCCAUGUUACCCAUAUACUUCUCAAGAGGCAGAAGAUCUCUGGAAUGGUUCCAUCCGAGUUUGCCGAUCUCACAUACCUUGAAGAACUUGACCUGACUGGGAACUAUAUUAACGGCUCAAUACCUGUAGAGUUGGGAUCUUUGGCAAAUUUGAAAAAUUUGUCUCUUGGCAUAAACCGUUUGUCUGGAUAUAUUCCAAAGGAACUUGGAAACCUUAGUAGUUUGAUAUCACUGGUUGUUCGUUCAAACAAUUUAUCGGGACAACUGCCAUGGCAACUUUCAAGAUUGAGUAAUCUUGAGAAAAUGCAUAUUGCAAAUAAUCAAUUUAGCGGACGUAUACCCACAAGCUUUUCCCGUUUCAAGGUUUUGAAUGAUUUUCAAGCUUGUAGCAACAAUUUUGACGGUGAAAUACCGGGUUUCAUUGCUAAGUGGAAGAAUAUUUCAACCUUGAGACUUCAAGCUAGUUCUCUGAAGGGUCCAAUUCCAUCUAACUUUUCAAGCUUGACUAAAUUGAAGGACUUGAGGAUAAGUGAUCUAACUGGUGGUGGAUCAGAUUUAUCAUUUGUGAGCAAUCUAAACAAAUUGAAAACAUUAGUGCUAAGAAAUGCCUUGAUAUAUGGAGAAAUUCCACCAGCGAUAGGAAAAUUCAAAAAAUUGGAGAUAUUGGAUUUGGCAUUCAACAAUUUGAUAGGAUCUAUUCCAGACACGUUCCAGGUUCAAACAACUAAAGGCUAUGCUCUAGAAUAUUUGUACCUUGAAAACAAUAGCUUAACAGGAAACCUCCAAGACCAACAAUGGUUAAACAAAAUUUCUCACGUGGACUUAUCUUUUAACAACUAUUCAGGGGAUUUUCCUUCAUGGUUGAGUGGAAAGACAAAAUUGAAUUUGAUAGGGAAUUCUUUUAACACGAAUCUUUCUCAAAACAGAGAAGAAGCUUAUCUUCAAAGAAGCUUCAUAUGCAACAAAGAAAAUCGGCAAGAUAACUUGGCCAUUAAUUGUGGAGGCAAACCAUGGAAAUCUUCUAAUCCGUCCAUAAAUUACGAGGAGGAUGAAAAUCCAACUGGCGCUUCAACCUUCUUUCUGAGUCCUGAAAAGAGAUGGGCAGUCAGUAACACAGGACAUUUCAUGGAUAAUUCAAGUAAAACAACAUAUCUAAGGAAAGUGAGCAACCUUCAGUCUACUACAGGAAACAGUACUCUGUACAUGACAGCACGGUCUUCUUCAACUUCCUUGAGAUACUAUGGAUUAUGCCUUUACAAUGGACAAUACAAAGUGCAACUCCACUUUGCUGAAAUAGAAUUUUCCAGUAACAAAUCGUUCAGAAGUCUUGGAAGGCGCCUCUUUGAUGUCUAUAUUCAGGGAACUAGGAUGUUAAAAAAUUUUAACAUAGAAGAGGCCGCUGGAGGCCCGGGAAAGGGUGUUGUUAAAAUUUUUCCGGUGGAUGUAACUAAAAACUACCUGGAGAUUCACUUUUUGUGGGCUGGAAGAGGAACAUAUGACGUGCCAGUGACAGGAACAUAUGGACCUUUGGUAUCAGCUAUUGUAAUUACUCCUGAAUUUGAAGUUGGUAAAAGAAAAAGAACUGCUAUGGUUAUCGGCAUUGUUUUCGGGGUAGUAAUUUUUGUAGGCAUGGCAGUGUGCUUGUCAUUCAUCUUUUUUAAGAAAAGAGAUGUAAUGAAGGCUGGAUUUUCGGAUGCUUUUCUGAGUAAAGAAUUGACAACUAUGAAAGCAAUGUCUAAUUCUUUCACUCUUGAAGAGAUAAGAAAUGCCACAAGUGAUUUUCACUCCGAGAAUAAGAUUGGAGAGGGUGGUUUUGGUGCUGUUUUCAAGCAGGGAAUACUACCAGAUGGAAAAGUGGUGGCAGUAAAACAAAUGUUUGCAAAAUCAACACAAGGGAAUCGUGAAUUCUUAAAUGAAGUAGGUACAAUAUCUGCGGUGCAGCAUCCCAAUUUGGUGAAAUUGUACGGUUGUUGUAUUGAGGGAAAACAGCUGCUCUUGGUAUACGAAUACCUAGUGAACAACAAUCUAGCCCGCACUUUAUUUGGUCCCGAGGAAUUUAGGCUUAAUCUCAAUUGGCAUACACGAUACAAUAUUUGCCUUGGAGUUGCACGUGGUUUGGCAUAUCUGCAUGAAGAAUCUAGAUUGAGAAUUGUGCAUCGAGACAUCAAAGCUACAAACAUCCUUCUCGAUCAAGAUAUGUAUCCAAAGAUAUCAGAUUUCGGCUUGGCAAAGUUAUUCGACCGGGAUAGAACUCAUGUUAGCACCAGGGUGGCAGGAACAAUUGGAUAUAUGGCUCCUGAAUAUGCUUUAAAAGGUCAACUCACUGAGAAGGCAGACGUGUACAGUUUCGGAAUAGUUGCUCUUGAAGUAGUAAGUGGCAGAAAGCACACGGAGAAGAAGUUGCAAGAAGAGAUGGUUUAUCUGACAGAAUGGACUUGGCAUUUGUAUGGAGAGAACAGACAGCUGGAUUUGAUCGAUGUCAAUCUUAAACGUUCCAGCUACUUGGAGGAAGAAGUUUUAAGGACAAUCAAUGUGGGUCUUUUAUGCAUCCAAGCAAAUCCUACACUGCGACCAUCGAUGUCACAAGUUGUUGACAUGCUGGAGGGAAAAAUAGGUGUUGAUGUUUCACAUUGCGAACCUCCAUAUCUCAGCUCUGGGAUGAAGAACGAGCUUGCAGAAGAGAGUUCAUUGUCUUACUUGGAGGGACCAUGGGAGGGAAGCAUCUCUUCGCAAGAAACAUCUGUUGUCAAACAACAAAAGACAGAUGAUGAUAAUGAUGAGAACAGUCUUAUAUAAAAUGAAGUCCUGCUGGCCUCUAUCCAGUUUCAACCUCUGACCUCCCUUUGUCGAAAUGUUAUACAUAGAUAAAGCUUUUAUUGUGAUGAGUGGAUGCUUCAUUCGUAAUAACAGGUAUUGUUUCCAUGAAUGAAAGGUGUGAGAGAAGUUUAUAAGGGUUUGAAUUUUUAUUGAUUUCAUUUUGCAACUUAAAUGACAUAUUUGUAAACUUAAAAAAAAAUUCAUAUAAAUAGAAUAUUUUGUAAACUUUUUAAAUAUCUAUAUAUCUUGAACAUAAAUGUAAA